GUCUACAGGCGAACAGCACGGGAAGCAUCACGAGCAGCAUCACGGGCAGGAGCGUGUUGGGCUCACCACGUAUCCUAUGACUCCCAUUGGCGUUAUCCGCUCCUGCUUCUCCGCCAGGUGCGUACGCUGCCACUCACAUGUCCUGCUUCUCCGACAGGUGCGUACGCUGCCACUCACAUGUCCUGCUUCUCUGCCAGGUGCGUACGCUGCCACUCACAUGUCCUGCUUCUCUGCCAGGUGCGUACGCUGCCACUCACAUGUCCUGCUUCUCCGACAGGUGCGUACGCUGCCACUCACAUGUCCGGUGGCACUCAGAGGCCGAGUUGGAGAAUUUUAUCUUCUCUUCUCCUCUCACCCUCUCGCCCUCUCCCAUGCGUCUCCUGUUGGCGUUAUCCGCUCCUGCUUCUCCUGCUCCUCCACCGCUCUGCACGACAUACAGGAACGGCACGCCACGUCAGCCGCUGCUGGUGCCAGCGGCGUGGGCCUAUCUGGAGCUGCCACGUGGAGGGGUGGCGCCAGCAGCGCUACAGGGAUUGGAGGGGUACUCGCACUGCUGGCUGCUCUACGUGUUCCAUGCCAACACGGACAUUCAGCGUCUCUGGUCCGACCCCCACCAUCGCAAGUUCCGUGCCAAGGUGAGGAUAUAGGGUUUCAGGGUUUCGGGUUUAGGGUGAGAUGGUGUCUGGAUGGGGAGAUUGGAUUGGAGGGAUACUCGCACUGCUGGGUGCUCUACGUGGUCCAUGCCAACACGGACAUUCAAAGGCUCUGGUCCGACCCCCACCAUCGAGCAUUCCGUGCCAAGGUGUGUGCAUGUGACAUAUGGGUUUUGGAAGUGUCGAGGUUGUUGGGAGGGUGGGAGGAAGAAUGGCGAGGUGGGGUUGGGUUGGAGGGGUACUCUUCGCACUGCUGGUUGCUCUACGUGUUCCAUGCCAACACUGACAUUCAAAGGCUCUGGUCCAACCCGUUACUUCGCAAGUUCCGUGCCAAGGUCCGAGUGCCGAGGCUGCAGGGCGGCAAGCUGGGAGCACUGGCGACGCGCACACCGCACCGGCCGGUGCCCAUCGGGCUGAGCAUCGCAAAGGUGGAGCGCGUGGAGGGGCGGCGCGUGCUGUUGUCAGGCGCUGACCUAGUCGAUGGCACGCCUGUAUUGGACAUCAAACCUUAUUUGCCCUACUCGGACGCCUUGCCAUCUGCCACAGUGCCACAAUGGGUGGAGCCAUCAGGAGAGGGCGAUGGCAUGCACAUGGCGUCAGUCACCUUCCAUCCCGCCGUCGCCACACAGCUUCAGGAUGCAUGGUCGUCGCAGAAAUACACUAGCUCGCCCAAAACUCACGGCCAAAACACUAGCUCGCUAUACUCACUCUGCCUUCCUUUCCCCACCUUUUCCUCUCUCCCUUGCUUUCAAUCACUCCUCCUCUCCCCUUCCCCUCCUGCCCCUUCUCGUCCCCUCCCUCCAGAGCCACCGCUCGUUAUACUCACUCCCUGA